CCCCCUUAUUCCUCUGUUUUGACAUCUUCGCGUCAGCUGCGUUAGCGCGCGCUUCGAGAACGGAGGAGGAGGAGGAGGAGGAGAAGGAGGAGGAGGGAGGCUCUCUCUCCAUCAUCAUCCUCUCUCUCUUCAUCUCUCUCUCUCUCUCUUCAUCUCUCUCUCUUCAUCUCUCUCUCUCUCUCUCUCUCUCUUCAUCUCUCUCGGCUGAGCGCAUCACUCGGUGCCUCUUGCCUCCGUCGCCGCGCUCUCGGUCUCCGCUCGGUUUUCCCGCGGUUCGGUUCGCGCGCCCCCGCCAUGUCGAGCCUGCUGGAGAACCCCCUGCAGGCCGUGCUGUACCUCAAGGAGCUCACGGCGAUCGUGCAGAACCAGCAGAGCCUCAUCCAGACGCAGCGGCACCGGAUCGACGCGCUCGAGCGCAGGCUCGGGGAUCUGCUCGUGGAGAACCGGCAGCUCCGGGACGCGACGCACCGACACCCCGUGCGCCACCACCCUCCCCCGCCCCCCCGCACCUCCAGCCUGCCCCGCGCGCCCCAGCAGCACGGGACGGGUCCGGCUCAUGCCCCCUCCGCCCCGGCGCAGCAGCACCACUCACCGCAGGACAUGCAGCUCGUUCCCGCCGGCGGAAGCCCGGACUCCAGCCCCGAGGACUCGCGUGAGACGUGCUGCCGUUCGCUCGUCCCGCAGAACGCGGGCACUCUGUGCCGAGCCGUGGGCAUCCCGCGGAGCUCCGAGAGCCAAACUGUCCUGCACCAGUUUUGCUGCCCUGCCCCCGAAGCUCCUGAGGGAGAUUCCAUUGGCUGCUCCAGUUCAUUCCAUGCAAUAGAAGGAGAGACGGAGAAAAAUGAGAAGAAAGCUGCUCAGCUAAGCCCUCCUCCGUGCUCCCACACUCCGGACUAUGAGCUCUCUCCUGACCUCAAACAAAAACAGUUAGAGGAAUUGGAGCAGAAGUAUGGUGGUCCGCUCAUCUCUCGCCGUGCUGCCUGUAAGAUCCAGACAGCAUUCCGACAGUAUCAGCUCAGUAAGAACUUCCAGAAGAUCCGGAAUUCUGUGCUGGAAAGUGGAAUUCCGCGUCGCAUGUCUGUGCGCAGGGUGCGGGUGCAGAGGGACAGCUUCUCUGCUGAACGUGCACUGAUGGAGGGGUGCUCUCUCAUGGGCAUCCCACUCACACACUCCACCUCACUGCCCACAGGCACUUCAAACACACUUACACACCUGGAGGACACAUUCAACGAACAGGUGCAGUCAUUAGCACGAUCCAUAGAUGAGGCCUUGAGCAGUUGGAGUUCUGUGCGUGAUGGGGAAGUAGAGGGGGCUUCAGGGGCUCCGCCUCCCGGUCCUGCUUCAGAGGGGCUGCUGAUGGACCCCACUAGCCUUCAGGAGGCCACACAGAACACCUGUGCAGAAGGCAUUCCUCGCAGUGCCAGCAAGCUCAUGAUGGCCUUCAGAGAUGUGACCGUCCAAAUUGACAACCACAACUUCCGCCUGUCCUCCUCCGUGCUAGAGUCCGUUUCCCUAGGCAACGGCGUCUCCAAGGAAACCGGCUCUGAGCCUCCAGCAGGAGGGCAGAAUGUCAGCCAUUCAGAAUCCUCCAUCAUGGCCGAGCCUGAGUUCCCUGCCCCACCCCCGAGCGAGGAGCUAGGGCUGGACCAGCGGCCAGCGGGAGAUGAAGUAGAACCUGCUCAGGCCGGCCAGGAGAAACCACAGGCCAAUCAGAGUGUGUCUGAGGGGGCAGAAAACAGCUCAGAGCCAAUCAGCAGCAGCAGCACAUCAACUUCAGCAUGCGAGACCAUGAUCCUCUCACUGCCACGCACACACUGCCAGGACACGCACUGUGGGACCCUCUCCACAGACAUUGCACGCAAGCGCCUGUACCGCAUUGGACUCAACCUCUUCAACAUAAACCCAGACAAAGGCAUCCAGUUCCUCAUCUCCCGUGGUUUCAUCCCGGACACUCCCAUAGGCGUGGCUCACUUCCUGCUGCAGAGGAAGGGCUUAAGCCGACAGAUGAUUGGAGAGUUUCUGGGCAACAGUAAGAGGCAAUUCAACAGAGAUGUCCUAGACUGUGUGGUGGAUGAGAUGGAUUUCUCCAUGUUGGAGCUGGACGAAGCUCUGCGGAAGUUUCAGGCUCACGUGCGCGUGCAGGGAGAGGCUCAGAAGGUGGAGAGACUCAUUGAAGCAUUCAGUCAGCGCUACUGUAUGUGUAAUCCAGAUGUUGUCCAGCAGUUCCAUAACCCUGACACCAUCUUCAUCCUGGCCUUCGCCAUCGUCCUUCUCAACACUGACAUGUACAGCCCCAACAUCAAACCCGAGCGCAAGAUGCUCCUGGAGGACUUCAUCCGCAACCUCCGAGGAGUGGACGAUGGUGCGGAUAUUCCGCGGGAGAUGGUGGCUGGAAUCUAUGAACGCAUCCAGCAGAGGGAGCUGCGCUCCAAUGAGGAUCAUGUGACUUACGUCACCAGGGUGGAGCAGAGCAUUCAGGGAAUGAAGACAAUCCUAUCUGUGCCUCACCGGAGGCUGGUGUGCUGCAGUCGUCUCUAUGAAGUUACUGAUGUGAAUAAACCUCAGAAACAAGCAGCACAUCAGAGAGAAGUGUUUCUCUUCAAUGACCUUAUAGUGAUAUUGAAGCUGUGUCCCAAGAAGAAAAGUGCAGCCACAUACACGUUCUGUAAGGCCAUGGGUCUGCUGGGGAUGCAGUUCCAUCUGUUUGAAAAUGAGUAUUACCCUCAUGGCAUUACGAUCUUGUCUCCAUUCUCUUCUGAGAAGAAGCAGGUGGUGAGCUUUUGUUCUCAGAGCUCUGAGGAGCUGCUGAAGUUUGUAGAGGACCUGAGAGAGAGCAUAGCCGAGGUAGCAGAGAUGGAGCACAUACGCAUUGAAUGGGAAUUAGAGAGGCAGCAGGCAGCAAGAAAUCAGUCUGCUAAGAACAAUGGUACACAGCUGGAGAUCCACAGACCAAUCUCUCCUGCAGGGGACCAUGACUUUUUUGAGAAGACAGGAAGCAACGCAGUUGAGGUGUCAAUUCACAACAGGCUCCAAACGUACCAACUCAGCUCCCUGCUGGCUCCACCCAGCGCUCAGCCCCAGCUGGCCAUCCUGCCUAGUCCCACCCCUGGCUCCACCCUCACCAUCUCCCCCAGCACACUCAUCCAGUGCCAGCAGAUCGUCAAGGUGAUUGCGGUGGACUCAACGGGCCGUGGGCGUGUGGAGGCCUUCCUCAGUCAAAACCCCACCCAUCGUUUAAUACAAUCAGCCGUCUCUACACCGACCAGGUCACGGGAGGGUGGGGCCCAGCAGCCUCCCCUUCCCCCUCCCCCGCCUCCAUAUCACCACAAACACCAGUUCUGCCCUCCAACUCCGCCCCCUCCACAGCAUGUGCUCAGCCAGCGCAGGUACUCCAGUGGGACGCGCAGUCUGGUCUGAGUGCACGCACACACACACACACACACACACACAUAUACAGUGCAGUGCUGGGCAAAAGUCAGAAAUGACUCUUCUUUAUUUAUUUAUUUAAUUUUCAGUUUGUCAGUAUCAGGAAAAAGCAGAAAAUGACACAGAAGCCUCAACAAUUAAAUAGAUCACGUUUUUCAGUUAGUGCGUCUACCUUUUGCCUUUAUUAUGACUUCCAUUGUUUUGGGAAGCUUUUUUCAGUUUUUUUAAGAAAUCUGCAGGGAUAUUUUUCCAGACCUCCAGUGUUCAACUUCUCUCUUUGAAAGCUUUAAAUGCUGUUUAUCUGAUGGUGACUGUUGCAGUGGUCUUGGUUGUUAGGAGUCCCAUUUUCUUUAUUGCUUUUAAUAAUUUCUUGAACUCAAGUUUUGGAAACUCCUGUUUUUUCACCUAUUCUCCUUUUUUAUGCAAGUGGAUUAUCUCAUAUCAAAUCUCAGACGAAACGUCUGAAAAAAUGAACAGCUUGCACUUAAUGGCCAUUUUGACUGAACAUUAAAUAAACGAAGGGUGGUCUCCGACUUUUGUACGGUAUUGUACACACAGCUGAAUAAAUACUCCCAAGUUAACUGAUUCAUCAUUUUCAAUUCACAAAUGCGAUGAAGUCCAGUAUAUAUUCAUUCCCCACAGACACACCUUUUAUACUCCUUAAACACUUGCUGAGGGGCUCACUUCUAUAUAAAUAAGCUAGUCACAGAAUUGUUUAUCAGGGCCUCGUGGUAUGAAAAAAUAUGUAUUUUAGAUACAGAGUAGUUAGUUUUAUCAGAUGUUCUUUUUCCCUGAACUUUGAUCUCUUUAUGAGUUUCUACAGCAAUUUUUGUUGCAGUGCUGCAUUUGGACUUUAUAACCUUCAGUGUAUAGCGUGACAACUACAAGCAAUGUUAGUGUAGUCGCAAGGUUCAGAAUUUUGGUCUAAUAAGCUGAAAUCUUUAAUCUAGUCUUUGAUAAAAGUUUAAAUGACAGAACAUGUUGGUAGUGCUAUCCUACAGUGCAUUUAUAUGGAGUUAUGUACAGACUCAAAGGGUUGUAUAAUUCAUGGGACAUACUGACAGUUGGAGGCUUCCAUCCCCCACCCCCACCCCACACAUUCUAGCAUGUAAAGACUUCUUGACUACACUGCAGCUGUCAUUGCCAGCUCCUGUAAUGAAAACAUUUCAUAGUUGUUCUGACACCUCUGUAAAAUAUCAGCAAUCACCUUAUGUUCCAUAAACUUUGCCAGGCGCUGGAGAGAGCUCCUCUCUAGUGUCAGUUUCUGUACGGCGUCUAUGUAGCGUUUACUGUAAUUGGGACUGGAAUAAACCCAUUCAGUGGAAACCAGGCUUCUGAAAGAUUAUCUGAGAUCAACAUGUGUGUUUUGAAACCUUUCCGGUUUGAACUGUUUAUGAUUUUUAAUUUUGAACAAAAAAAGUUUUUACAUUCUCACUGCAAAUAUCUUUGUGUUUGGAAUUUUUCUUGUGGAUCAUGUUUGUGUUUGCCUCUUGACAUUCAUGUUUUCUGUAUUGCAUGUCAUAUAACAGUUGCAUAUGAAUAUGCAUAUAUCUAUAAUGAGCACAUGAUUCAACCAAGAGUACAGAGUAUAUUUUAGAAGUAUUACAAUAAUAAUUGUUUUUAUUUUGUUUGGUGGGGGUCAGGGAUAAUUUAUCAGGACUCAUUAUAUAUUAUAUAUUUAAUUAUAAAUUGCUAUCAAAAUAUUUUGUUUAUUUAUACAAGGAAGAUUAGCAAUGAUGUCAUCCUGUGCAUAGACACAGAAAUUACAUAGAGCAAAAAAACCCUUGAUGAACAUUCUACUUAUUCUUAUGGAUGAGGGGGUGGAUGAAUAGCUUUACUGUGAUGUUUUUUGCACAGCUGAGUUUAUUGAUUGGGGUUAUAAAUUUAUCAGAUGUAUAUGGACCUGUUGUCUUCUGUUUGGACUUUUUGCCCUUCUUGGUUCAAAACAACAGGAGUCUGGGGCUACAUUGUUGCUUUUAGAGAAUCAGCAUAGCAACGUUUUUUUGUCUUCUAAUGACUCAGAGCUGUAGAUUUUCAGGCCCUCAGGUGUCCCGGGUGAAUCUUACACAGAUGCUAGCUAAGUACCAUGAGAAUCCCAGGAUCAUUCCAACACUCCUGGGCCAUAUCCUGACUGAAGGCACACAAACUUUCCUUCUUUUACUUGUGCCCAUGUUUCUGUGGCAACCUUUCCAAAUAUGAAACUUUCAGAUAUUAAACUGCAUGUCAAGUCAGAAUAUGGCCUUUAGUCGAUCAAAUCAAUGCUGUCAUCUGUUAUUUGUUUUUGAAAAAAAAAAAGAUAUAUUUGUAUUGAGCACUGUCAUGAAAUUUUAUAUUGUAUGGACACUUGAAAAAAAACAAUUCAUGCACAAACUGUAAAUGCAAUGCCACUGAAUUUAGAGCUCAAUAUCCAUUAAAAGUGGAAUAAAAUGAAA